UCUCCCUCUCAUCUCUCUCUCUCCCCUCUCUCUCUAGCACACAUAAUCAGCCACUCUCUAACUGGGGGGCAAGUCCACAGAGAUUUAUUUACACACAGUCAAACAUACAUACAUACAUAUAUACAUAUACACAUAGUAGUGAGAAAACCUAAGAAAUCAUGUUUCCAAUCUGGAGCAAGAAAAAGGGUUCAUCUUGCAAAGCCCGGCCCGAAGAACAAGGAGGGCCCGAAGAACAAGGGCUGAGAAUUCUUACAGAGAUUUCAAAUGGGAAUUCAAAUGUUGUUGUAAUAAUUAAAGUGAAGCCCAUUUUCUUGUUCAAUAUUAAUCAGAUUCUCAGAUCCGAUCAUCACUCUCAUAACUGCUAUCUCAAAUCAUGCCAUCUUUGCCACAAGCCAUUGAAUCUCGACACAGAGAUCUACAUGUACAUGGGUGAUUUGGGGUUUUGCAGUGUGGAGUGUAGAGAGAGGCAAAUUUAUCUUGAUGAGACGAAGGAGAUGGAGAUCUCCACCCAGAAAAUGUUGGAGAGUUUCCGGCGGCGGCGCAAUCGAGACGGCGGUGGUCGAUGUGAGACCGCCGGACUCUUGGAGGAUUACCGGAGGCGGCGCCACCCGUUUUCGUCGUCCCAAAAGAGUCGAGUUAUUUUCUUGUAGCGGGGGGGGGGAAUAUAUAUUUUAAUACAAGGCGGAUAAGUAAUAAAUUUACACUAUAUGCUUGAAAAAAUGUAUUGUGAGUAUAAACUAAUAAAUCGUAAUUUUUUGUUUAUUUUUGUUUAAUGAGGAAAUAUAAUGAAAUAUCGCACUUUCUCUCA